AUGUCAUUAUAUAAGAUACCAGAAGAAAAAUUAAAAACCCAGGAAAAAAUAUUAGACAAAAAUAUUCUAAAUGGUAAUAUAAAAAAGUAUGAUAUGCAUAAGCUUCGGUUCAUUUUAAGGAAAUACAUUCGGCAUAACAACCGAUUGCUAAAUUAUCAUAAAUAUAAAGAGGUGAUAGAUAAUUUUGAAGCUUUUAAAAUUGUAGUUAUUAUUUAUGUAAAUAGUUUUUUGAAUAAAAAGACGAUUUUUAAUUAUAGUUUUCGAUAUUCUCAUAUUAUAAAAAUAUUAUAUUUAAAUAGAAAGGCAAAAAGAUUAAUAUAUGGAAACAAUUACUAUACAAAAGAUAAUACCUUAUCAAGAAAUAUAAAAGGUAGAAAUUGUGAAAAAAAAAAUGGACUUUUAUUUUAUAAUAAUAAAUAUGCACAUGGCAGAAAAUCUAGCGACGAUAAGAAACAUAUGACUAUUGAUUUCUAUUAUGUUUUAAAAAGUGAGGAUUAUGAUAAAUUAGACGAAAUUAUUUGUAAUAGUAGAAUAAAAUUACCAGCCUUUAGCUAUUUUGACAUAUAUUUAUUUAGUAAUAAUAAAAAAUUAAAAUAUGAAAUCAAUAAAAAAAAAGUUAAAUACAUUGAUGUUUAUUCUGUUCUCUAUUAUUUAUAUAUAUCUGUUGUUAUUUCGUAUAUGCAUUUAAAAGAUUUUCAUGACGCUAAAAUUAAAUUCUUUGAAUAUAUAUAUUUAAAAAGAAAAAUUGAAAAAUUAGAUAGUUAUUUCCAAGUAAAGGAAAAAAAAAAGCCCAAAAUAACUGGCCCAAUCUCAUCUCGUAUGAAAAAAAAAUUUUAUAGUUAUUAUGAUUCAAUACUAAGCGAGAGAAAUACCAUUAAUUUGUCUUUAAAAAAUAAUAAAGAAGAAACUAAAGAGGAUGAUGAAAUAAAUACAAAAUAUAAAAAUAAAAUAACUCAUACAAACAAUGAUAAUAACAAUUCUUUAAACAAAUAUACUAAGCAGAAUAAGGGUUUUAGUCCAAAUUCGAAAAUAAAGAAUAAUAAAAAAAUAUCAUCAAAUAAAAAAGCAAACUCAGAAUCAAAAUUAGUAGAAAGUGAACAAACAAAUAAAAAUGGUAAUUUAAAAAACGUUGACGUUAACGAAAUAAAUGAGACUUUUUAUAAAAGAGAAUGUGAUACAAGCAGUGAUAAUGAAGUUAUUAAAAAUAAGAAUAUGUUUAACAAAAAUGAACAUGCUCAUUUUAAAAGUAAAUAUAAUAAUAAUAGUACACAAACACGCGUAACGAAAAAAGAAAAAAGAAUACAUAAAAAAAGUAGAAAAGAAUAUUUAACUUUAGAUGAAUAUUUACUAUUUUUAAAAAUUAAACACUGCGAAAUUUCGUUAGAAAACCUUGCAAAUAUUAUGAAAGAUAAUACUUUAGAAGAUAAAAUAUGUAGUAUAAAAAAAUUAAGAUAUAUUAUAAAUAGUGCAGAGUGUGAUGACAAAACAAAUUUAUAUAAAAAAGACAAAAUAUUAAAAAAGUUACUAAAGACAAAAGAUAAAAAUUUUAAAUUUUAUAAUUAUUUUUUUGAUGUAUUAAUAUAUUUUUCUUACUUUAAACAAAUUCACAUUAUUGAAGGUAUGCUAAUAAUGGCUCUUAUAUUUAGUAAAUUGAAUUUUAUAAACCUUUCGAUAUAUAUAUAUAGAAAUGUAUAUUUGUUUCUUUAUUACAUUUUUGAAAACUACCAAAAGAAGAAAAUUUAUUUUAAUAAAAACCAGAAAGCAAAUAAAAUUACAUCACUUAACAUAACCUUUAUAGAUAGUAAUGAAAUACAUACUGAACGUUGUGAUCUAAUAACCAAAGAACAUAUUUUUAGGGAAAAAAAUAAUAUAAAUAAAACUUCCAAAAGGAAAAAUUUGGUAAUUAAUGGUCCAAAUGAAGGAAUGAUAGGUGAAAAAAAAAUAAAAAACAAGAAAAUAAAAGAUGAUAAUCUUAUCAUAGAUAGCAUGCGAAACACAAAAAAUGGAGAUAUGUAUAGAACAUAUACCACCAAUGAAGAUAUAAUUUUCGAAAAUGGAAAUAAAAUCCAAGACUUAAAUGUCAAUAUUAAUGGAAAUAAGGUUAAUAACAGAAAUGAGGAAUAUAAAAAAUAUAAUGGUAGUAAUAAAAUGUAUGUAGAUGAAUGUAGUUGUAAUUGUGAAACCCUCAAAAUGCACAAUAAUAUUAUAUCUUCAUUUAACAAUUUUUUGGAAGAAGCAAGAAAUAACAAUAAUUUUUAUUUUCUAAAUGAAUAUUAUGAAAAAAAAUUUCAUUCAAGUUGUCAUAAUGAUUACUUUUUUUUGGGGAAUUCAUUAAGCUCUUCGAAUUCAAAUGAUAUAAAUAAUAUAAUUUAUAAAAGCAUAAUACACAAUUCUAUAUUUUUUAAUUGUAAGUAUAUAUUUAAUGGAAUAAAAAAGUAUAUAUAUAAUUUUUUAAAUAUAAUUAAUUAUAUUGAAAUAAAAUACACAUUUUAUCAAAACAAUUAUAAUUUAAAAAAUAUAAUUUAUUAUUUAUAUAUGGAUAAAAUUAUAAAAUCCUAUGAUUUUAAUAUUUAUACAUAUGAAAAAAAUAUGUAUGUACUAAAAAGAAUAAUUUUUUUUCACAAUCAUAUAAAUGUUUAUCAUAAUGAUACAGAUUAUUUAAAUGAUGAUAAAUCGAUAAAAUCUUUAUUUUUUAAGAUAUUUUAUAAUCUUUCCAAAAAUGAAAUAUUAAAAUUUUCUCAAUCAAAUCAUUUAGAAUAUAAAAAAGACAUCCAUUAUGUUUAUAACAAUAUACCGAAUGAUUCUAACAAAACAAAUCAUGAAAUACAAAAUGAAGAUGGAUAUAAAAUUACUAUAACUACAGAUAAAAACCUAAAUGGAAGUUUGUAUAUCGGAAAAGGAGAUAAUAAUACAAAGAACGUCAAUAGGAAUGAUUGUGAUAUUUGUUUUGAUAAGACGGAUAAAGGUUCCUUUUGUGAAAAUAAUAAUAAUAUAAGUGAAAAACAUGAUAACCAUAAUUUAGACACAAUAAAGGAUGGAAUAGUUAGUAAGAAGGCUAUACAUGUAGAUAAAUAUAUUUCCAGUUAUUACAUGAAAAAAUUCGAAAAUACAGAAGAUGAUAAAAAAGAAAAUACAUAUACAUAUUAUAUAAAUGCUAACAAUAAAAAAGACAAUUAUUUUCAUAAAACCGAGAUAAAAAAUAAUAUGUAUAGUGGUGAUAAUAAUAUUCUGGAUAUUAAUGAUCAAUGUUAUAAUAGCAGAUCUGAUAAUACUCUUGGUGAACAAAUAGGGCAUUCUAAUAGUUCAUACAAAAAUAUAAACAAAUUAAACUCACCUAUUCAAGUUAAUGCAUUUUCUAAUUACAAUUAUAAAAAUCCUUUGCUUUGGUCAGUAAAAGAUACCAGAAAAAUAAUGGUGACUAACCAAAGCGAAGAAAAUUUUGUACAUAAUUCUUAUGGUAAUAUUUUCGUCAAUAAAAAUAUGAGUAAUAUGAAUAACCCUAGUAAAACUAGUGUAAAAUAUGAUGGAAGGAAAAACGAUAAUUUUAUUGAUAAUAUUUUAAAAAAAAAAAAAAAAAUAAAUAAAUUAAAUAAAAAUGGAUCUGAUGAUAUGAAUAAUUUCAAAAACCAGAAUGUGCAAACUUUUUUUAAUUUUAGUAACAAUGAGCUAAAAAUUAUGGUUUACAACUUUUUAUAUUUGUACAUUUUAGAUGAAUAUAUAUAUGGAAAUACACAUAAAAAGGACAUAAAUGAAUAUUUAAAUUUUAAAAAUGUGUUAAGAAAAAAACAAAAACUGAGAUACAAUUUUUUUAACUUGAUCUCAAAAACAAACAAUGAUAUAGGAAAUGAAAUUGAUUUAUAUAAAAAAUAUAUAAAGGGAACAUAUAUUAAAAAAAUUAAAAAAACAGAAAACAAAGCAUAUAAUUCAAUAUUUGGCCAAAAAACAUCAAUUAAAGUAAAUGUUAAAAAGGAAAUAAAUGAUAAUUAUAAAACACAAACAGGACAACAUGCCGAAAUAGAUUCAGAAAUAAAAAACCAUAAAUCAUUAUUAUUAAAAACUGAUGAAGAAUAUAUUAAUAUGUUUAUAAAAAAAAAAAAAAAAUACACACAAAAUUAUUAUUUAUUAUUUAAUAACAAAAAAUUUUAUAGUAAUAAAGUUAUAAAUUUUUUGAGGGAUUUCUAUAAAAAGGAACAUACUAUACACCAAAUGAAGAUUAAUAUAGAAAAAUAUGAGCAUAUAUAUUUUCUAUUUUUAAUAACAGAAGCAUUGUCUUAUUUAAUUUUACCUUAUAUUAAUUCUUCAUUUGCAGACAUAAAAUGCUAUAAAAAUAUGUAUGGUACUACACUUACGCAAAUAGACAAAUUUCGAUUAAAUACUAUACCGCUUGUUUUUGAUGCAAGUACUAUAUAUCAAAAAGGGAAUGUAAAUAGUAAUAGAACAUAUAUAAACAAUUGGAUCUAUAGGCGCAAAAGGCUGAUUAAUAAUAUCAAAAAGGGAAGAGGAUAUUCAAGUAUUUCUAACAUUUACAACAUUUCAAGUUUUUUCAAUAAUGUGAAAAAAGUAAAUUUUUUAAGCUUAAAAUCACAAAAAAAAGGAAAAUAUAUUGAAAACAAUUCCGAAGGACCAAAUAUAUACGAUAAAAAUUGUGAGGAAACAAAAAAUAAUAAACAAAAAUAUUACAGAAUAAAUACUUUAAAUAAUAUUAUUAAAAAUGAGUCAGCAUAUAUUCAAAAAUAUUCCAUGUUUAAUGAAAACGAAACAACCCAAAAUACAUUAUUUAAUAAAAGUAAUUUAAAAAAUCAAAAAAAAUAUAUAUCUUUAAAAUAUAAUCAAGACCCUAAUGAAAAUAUUUAUUAUCUUAAUAUGUAUAAUAUUAAAGAAACGAUACAACAAAUAAGGGAUUGCGAAAGUAAAUUAUCGAUUGAAACAAAGACGGUUAUUGAAAAUUCAUUUCUUUUUGAUGAUUAUUAUGAAUUAGAUAUAUGUGAAUUAAAAAAGAUAUAUCAUAACAAAUCAAAAUAUUUUCUCAUAAAAAAAUAUGAAACUAUUAUAACAUUAGCAUUUUUCACUAGAUAUAAUACAUAUUUGUUAUUUUCAUUAUAUCAACGUUUGGCAUUGUUAAAUUACAUGUAUUCGAAUUAUAACAUUUCUAUAUCAAUUUUAAGGUAUAUUAAUCAAAUACAUUGCAAAUUGAUAAAUAAGCAAAAAGGACCAGACUAUACGAGAAUAAACCACAACAAAAGGGAAUAUUAUAUUAAUGGUAAUAGUAAGUAUGAUACAGAUAACGAAUGUGACAUGUUCACGAGAAAUUAUGAAUUUUAUAAAACACAAAAUGAGGGAAAUAGGGAAAGAAAUCACUUUUGUAAGGCUGAAGAAAAAAAAAAAAAAUCAAACAUCCUUUUCUAUAUGAAAAACGAAGAUAUAUUUUUUCAAGAUUACAUAAUUAAUACUUAUAGUACUAAUUUUAUAAACGACAAAAAUAAUGCACAUGAUUAUUUUCCUUUUAAUUCAAAUAAAACUCUUUAUGAAAAAUUAAGUAAUAUAAAAUCUUUUAGAUUUUCCACAUUUUUUGAUAUUUUUUUUGAGUUAAAAAUUAAUUUCAAUUGUUUAGCUAAUUCACAUAUAUGUGUGCAAAAUGCAUUGAAAUAUUUAUUUUUUUUUAUAAAAAAUGCCCACAAGUUUAAUUUUUUUAUUUAUUAUAAGGAGAAAAAGCUGGUUAAGAAAAGGAACAAUAUAUAUUCCCCAAAAUGGAUAAACGCUGAAAAAAAAUACAUUAAUGAUAUCAACGAUAACAACAUCAGAGAAAAUAAUAUUCAUGAAAAUUCUCCAUACAAUGAAUCGAUUAAUUUGGAAACAUCCUGUAAAAAAAUAAAAGAAAGAAAUAUGACUACAAAUUCUAUAAGUAUGUUUAAUAAUAAUCAAUAUGAUUUCAAAGAAAAUAAAACAAAAUUGGACAGCGAUUAUCGUGGAUAUUCUUAUAUGAAUGACCAAGAAUUUGAGAUAAAUAAACAAUUGAAAACUGAUCAAAAAAUAGAUAGGCAUAAUUCGUGUGAAAAUAUUAAUUCCACUGAACAUGAUACAACAGCGGUUCCAUUUUCAAAAAACACAAUGCCUACUAAAUAUGAUAAAAGUUCAUCAAAAAAUAAUGCUUAUAAUGAAUCUCACUAUAAAUACAAAAUUGAUAUAAAUAAGUUAAGAGGAAGCAAAUUUUUCUAUAUUAUAGCAAUUUCCUUGUUAAAACAAAUAAAUACCAAUUAUUACUAUGAUAACAUAAAAGAAAUAAAUUUAAUAUAUGAAGAAGAUUUAAUAGAUAAAGAAAUAAAUGUAAAUAACAUUGUAAAAAAUGAUUACAAAGAAUUAUUACACUUAAGUUAUAAAUAUAUUAUAAAAAGUAUUAAAACUGAUCGUGAUAAUUUACCAAGUUAUUAUUAUCUUUGUAUUAUUUAUUUAUAUAGUUUAAAAAUUGAAAAAUGUAAAUAUAUUUGUAAUAAUUUUUUAUUAAAAAAUUACCAUAAUGCUUAUUCAUUUCCUUUUUGGUUAUUAACCAUAGUAGUAAACAGUUGUAGAAAUAUAUAUUGUGAUGAUAUUUUUAACAGAAAACUAAUUAAAGAAAAUGAAAUACAAAAAAUAAAUAAAAACACAUUUUAUAAAAAAAAUAAAACUGCGAAUAGAAAAAAUAUAUCAAAUAAAUCUUUCAAAUAUGAUGGGUAUAGUAAAGAAAAUAAUAUAAAAUAUGUUACAAACAAAAACACUCAUAAAGAUAUAGAUUCUUCCAUUUUUGAUAAUUAUAAAAAAAAAUAUAUAUCACUACUUAUUGAUUUAAAAUUUAAUUCACCAAAUUUUUACAAAUCUAUUACUAAUACAAAUGAUGUGUUUGCUAUAAAUAAUAAGAAAGAAAAUUAUAUGAAUAAUUUAUGUUAUAUUUCGAAUAUAAUGGGGUGUGCAAACUCCCUUAAAAAUGAUUGUGAUAAAUCCAAAGAAAUUAUACUAAGUAAUAGUUUACAUAUUCCUAAUAAAAUAGAUAAAAAAGAUGAUGUAAAAAAAUAUACUAUUCCUGAAGAAUCUCAAAGAUUUUAUGAUAGCAUUAAAAAAGAACAACAAUUCAGUAAAAAUAUCGAAAACAUUAAUAAAAGGAGCCAAUACAAUGAAAAAGACCAAAAUAAAAAUUAUUCAUCACAUGAACUUAAUAUGAAUUUCUAUGGGGAAAGCACAUUUAACAUAGAUUGCUUUUUAUAUAUAUCAAAAGCAAUUAAUUAUUUUUCAGAUAACAUAUUUUUCUUUUAUUUAUAUGUGCAUUAUAUGAUUAAUUUUUUUGGAUUUCAUGAUAUAUUUUUUUUUUGGGAAAAGCUAAAAAGAAAUAAAAAAAAUAAUUAUAUAAAUUCAAAACUAGACUUCUCAUUAUUAAAUAAAAUACUGGAAGAGGAUAAAAUGAGAUCAUCAAAUAGUUCAGUUUAUAGCGAAUAUGAAGAAUCAGCAUCUCGGAAUGAUACCUACAGAGGCAGCGAUGUUUCUAUUACCAAUUAUAGUUUUUUAAAUUUAAAAAAGUCCAAAACACAUCAAAAAGAUCGAAAAAGUGUAAUAAUUAAUAAUGAUCAGAAUAAUGAUAUUAACUAUAAGAUAAAUAAUUUAAAUUCUAAUAAUUAUGAACACUGCGAAAAUAGUAAUAUAUCAGAUCGUAGUUAUAACUUAUCAGGUGAAGAAGAGUUAAGUAGUGAUAAUUUCCUUAUGGAUACUAAUAUUAGUUUGCCUAAAAAUUUAAUGAGAUCAAAAAACUUUGAAAAUAAACUUUUAACUAACAAUAUUAAAGACGAAAUUAAUAAAAUUCAAGUUUCGUUAAAAAUUAUAAAGGGCGAAAAAAAACAUCUUCGAAAAAAUCUCCAAAAGAAAAAAAGGGAAACAAGUAUAGGGCAUAAUAAAAGUAAAAGAAAUGAUAUUGAAAUGAAAGAAAAUAAUAUUACUAAUAUAAGCAAUAUUGAACAAAAGGAAACAAAAAAUUCUAAAAUACCAACGAAAGGAAAAGAUAAAGAAGGCGAAAAACCAUCUAAUAAAUCAAAACAGCAAAUUUCUAUUGGCACAUUAGAUACAAAUAUAAAUUAUAUGGAUAGUAAUUAUGAAAAAGGUGAAAAUAAGACAAAAGAAAAAGAUCACAAGGUAGAAAUAGAAAAAAAAAAAAAAAGUAAAAAAAAUACCCCCCCAAAAAAUAAAGCAUUGUAUAUCGAUACUAGCAAAGUAAAAUUAUUACCCUGUUCUUUACCCAUUAUAUUAACAUUAUAUAAUUAUAUUCACAGAAUUGUUGAAAAAAAAAAAAAAAACUCAGACCUACAUAUAUAUUUUUAUUUAAGUAAUAUUAUGUUUUAUAUAAAUUUGAAAAAAAUAAAAUGCGAAUUACAUCAUGAUACAAAUAAUGAUAAUAAUUUUGUAAAAAGAAACCGAAUAAAUAACAUUAAUUGUUUUUUUAACUACUCUAAAACGAAUGAUAAAAUAUCAAAUAAGUAUGAUUUUUCUGAAAAUUGCAAAAAUAAUAGUUAUGAAAAUGUAAACACACAUAAUUAUUCCAGAAUUAUAAACAAUAUAAAAAGCGCAGAAAAUAUUUAUAUUCCUCAUAAAAAUAAUAAUAUAAUGAAGAGAAAAUUUGUCAAACAAAUUAAUUUAAAAAGUAUAUACUUAGAGUGUAUUACGUGGAUAAAUAUUGGAGAAAUUUUGAUGUAUUUAAAAAUAAACACAAAAGUUAUUAUAUAUAUAUUUAAUAUAAUUGAAACGUAUAUUAAAUUUUAUCUUAACUUAAAUAAUAAUAAUAAUUAUUACAAUUAUGAAAAUACAACUUUUUUCUAUAAUUUGACACAACAAUUUAUGUGUCUUAAAUGCUUGUAUCUUUUUUACUUAUAUUCAAAAUGCAAAAAAAAAAAUGUCUAUAAGAGUAGUUCAAUAUAUCCAAAUAUUCUUGGCGUUCCAAGCCAUAAGAAUAUUCGUCACAUCAGUAGCUUUAGAAAUAGUAAUAGCAGUAAUAACAAAAAUGACAUGAACAGAAAUAGGAUGAAACUAAAUGAUAAAGUCUAUUGUAUUAAUAAGAAAAAUGGAAAUUUUCCGUUGAAAAAAAAAAAUUUAUAUACAAAAAUAUAUCUUUUUGAAAAAGAACACGAAUUAUAUAAAAAUAAAACGAAACAUCUUAACAAUCCUAACAUUGUUGUAAGUAAUAAUUAUAUUUAUUUUAAUGAUAAAAUAUAUGGCAAUGUUUUAAAGGCUCCUUUCUACACUAAUAAUAAAAAAAAAUUCAGAUUUAAUUUUGGAUUUUUCAAAAAAAUAAAAAUAAACAAUUCUACAAAUGAAAAUUUAUACGCUGCUUCAAAAAGUAAAAAUAAAGAAAACGAUAAACUUUGCAUUAAUAAAGAUAAUAAAAUGCCAAAUGAUUCAAAAAAUAAAAUAAAUAACAAACAAGGUGAAAUGACCAUAUUAAAGAAAUGUAAAAAUACUGCGUCUAGUAAAAAGCGUAUGAAUAAGUUAUACACACGCGAGGAAAUGCUAUUUAACUCUUUUAAACUUGAAAGUAAUACACAAAAUGAACAAAACAAGUAUAGACUUGUAAAAAAUAUUAAAAUUUAUUUAUCUUUAAUAAAUAAAAUUUAUUGUAAUAACAGGAAAGUUAAUAUAUUAUAUGCUAGAUAUUAUUUUUUAAAAAAAAAAUAUUCAAAAGUUAUAUCAAUUUUAUCAUUACUAAAUGAGCAUUAUAGUAAAAUAUCUUAUUUUAAUAAAAAAAAGCAUAUGCCUGCAUAUAAACAGAAUAAUCCUUUUAUCCAAAAUAACUUUUCCUCUAAUGAUAGAAACCGCAACAUGAAACAAGAAUAUCUAUUUUAUUUAAAUAACCAAACGGAUUUCACUUAUGAAUAUUUAAACAUAUAUAUGUAUUAUCAAUCGUUUUAUAAAUUAAAAGAAUAUAAAAAAUCAGAUUAUUACAAGAAUGUUUUAAAUUAUAUUUUCUUAAAGUGUCCCAUUAUACCGUUUAACUUGUUUCCGUUUAUAAAUCUUUAA